AUGUUAAAUUACGUAAUUUCUAGUUUCAAAACUGCGCCAUUCAAAUCCUCACAAGUGGUUCUGUUUCUAGGUUUUGGUCUUUUGAUGAACCAUAAGUAUCGCACAGCAUGUUCGUUUAAUUCACGGUUGUCAGAUAUACAAUCUCCCUCAAAACUUUACCUUCUACAUGUACUGUUCAACAGGAGUCUCUCUUUUGCAUUUUCCAAGGUUGUAGAUAUGCCCAUACCACAGCCUCUCAGACUGCCAGUAUUUAAGACACUGGUCUAUUCCCUAGGCAUAGACACUAGCGAGUUAGUAUACCCUUUGGAUGCCUAUGAAAGCUUGGCCAUGUUUUUCACCAGAAAUCUGCCAGAAUGUGCUAGACCUAUACAGGAUUAUUCUAAUAACACGUUAACGUCACCAGUUGAUGGGAGAGUUAUGGUUUGGGGGGAAAUAGAUAGGGAUAGAGUUGGACAAAUAACGGUUAAGGGGGCUACGUAUAAUGUAAAUUGCUUUCUUGGCGAACAAAUUUCUGCGAAAUCUGAUAACACUAAUAGAUAUGAUAAUUAUUUGGCAAAUUCUGCCACUAAAAAAAUGGAAAAAAGAUUGCACUAUAUAGUAUUAAAAAUACCCCUUGGCGCAUAUCAUCACUUUCAUUCCCCUACCGAUUUUUAUUUAACUGAAAGAAGAUAUUUUCCAGGAGAAUCACUGCCCUUAGGCAAAUUUGUAACCAAGUAUUUCUCUGAUAUUUUUACCGCAAACGAAAGGGUUGUAUUCAAAGGCAUCAAUAAUUGUGGUAAUAGACUGUUUAUCAUACCCGUUGGUACGUUUUGCCUUGGAAAAAUAACACAUAAUGUUGAUCUAGAAUUCGACACCAAUAGGAGUGGGCAAAUUCAAGUUUAUCUCGGAGGGCCAAUUGAAACAAAGCGUUACGACACUCCUAUUGUAUACAGGAAGGGUGAUGAAAUAGGCGAAUUUAAGCAGGGAUCCGCAGUUGUACUUAUUUUUGAAAGUGAUGGUUCGGUUGAUUGGAAUGUCAAAAUCGGCGAUAUGGUCAAAAUAGGGGAAAAGAUUGUUAAAAUGUAA